GGUUAACUGUACUUUUCCCUAGCUAGCUCCACCCCCAGGUGGUUUGAACUCUGAACCUAUUGUCCUGAUGAAGUUUCGAUUUCUUCAAGUUGAUGACAUUGGGAACUUCAAGAAUUGGAGGUUUAUGCAAUUUGAGACCGUCAGAACGGUGAGGUGCUCAGCCUUAACAGCCAGGAUUAUACUGGAAAGGAAAGAUACAAUCCCAAUGCUCAAAUAAUCCACAGCCUAAUGAGUGGAAGGAAAUCCAGAAAGGCGAAGGAAAUCCAAGAAUAAAAUGGCUUCCAGAGGAAAGAUGGAGACAAGCAAAUUAAAGCAGAAUUUAGAAGAGCAGUUGGAUAGACUAAUGCAGCAAUUACAAGAUCUGGAAGAAUGCAGAGAAGAACUUGAUACAGAUGAAUAUGAAGAAACCAAAAAGGAAACUCUGGAGCAACUAAGUGAAUUCAAUGAUUCACUGAAGAAGAUCAUGUCUGGAAAUAUGACUCUGGUAGAUGAACUGAGUGGAAUGCAGCUGGCUAUUCAGGCAGCUAUCAGCCAGGCUUUUAAAACUCCAGAGGUCAUCAGAUUGUUUGCAAAGAAACAACCAGGUCAGCUUCGGACAAGAUUAGCAGAGAUGGAUAGAGAUCUGAUGGUAGGAAAGCUGGAGAGAGACCUGUACACUCAACAGAAAGUAGAGAUACUAACAGCUCUCAGAAAACUUGGAGAGAAGCUGACUGCAGAUGAUGAGGCCUUCUUAUCAGCAAAUGCAGGGGCCAUACUCAGCCAGUUUGAGAAAGUCUCCACUGACCUUGGCUCUGGAGACAAAGUUCUUGCCCUAGCAAGUUUUGAGGUUGAAAAAGCAAAAAAAUGACAUUGUGGAAGCUUCUGACAUUGAUCACAUUCUUACUGUAAAUAGUGUUUUUUCUUUGAUGAUUUUGAGUCAUUGCAAAAAAAGAGAGUCUCAAAAUGCAUUAAUAUCCCAAGAACUGGUGACAUGAAAACAUACUAUGUCUUCUGUUUAUACUCUUCAUCAUUCUACUUUGUAUAGGGCUCCCUGCUUGAGUGACCCUGGACUUGUUGGGACAUUGGGACCCACUGAACUUUAUUCAUUAUGAUUUGUCUGUUUAAGACAGAACAGAAAAUGAACUUCUUAUUUUUUUUAAGGGUCCUUAUUUUUAAGUGCUUAUAGUGAGUGGGAAGAUAUGAGCUAAUGAUUCUUUUCUGUUCAUAACUUAUCUUUAGAAUGAACAUUGCAACAUUACUAGACUUCAUAUAUAUUCAUAGAAUUCAGAAUCUAAGUGAUCUUAGAAAUCCAUUUUCAUUUUACAAACCAGGAAAUUGAAACAGUAAGAGCCAAGUGAUUUGCUGAAAGUCACAUUAGAGACUGGGGAUAAGACUUAAGUGUCCUGACUCCCAGUUUAUCACCCAUGAGUUUUAUUUCUUUAUUCUGUACUGUUUUUUAAUUAAAAAAUAAUUGACUUGUGUUGAUGCAAGUCAGUGUCUAUGAAAACUCUAUGUCCCAACCCAAAAUUAGCUGGGCAUUAAGGAUCCAGAUCCCCAGCCUUGCAGUUCCCCAGCCUGAGAGCUCAGCUCAGUAUGAAUGGGGCCCAUUGUAUCCCUGAAUUUCAAACUCGGAACAAUGGGAGCCCUGUUGAGAGGCUCCUGAAGUAACUUAACCUCCCGUGCUGUGUCACUAGGAAAGCAAUAGGAAAUGGCAGCUAUAAACCCUCCCUGUGUAUAACCUCUUGCCAAACUCAGAGGGUGGCAACAGUAAGCUACUAUCAACUCUUCAGUUUUUGGAGAGACACAAAAUAAGUUAGGAAAAGCAAGCUUCUCUCCUGGGUGUCUGAGUCUAGGCAAUAGCAAAUAUAUAGCUGUGUCCCUGUGCAUGUACGUUAGCUUUGGCCAUUUUAUAUGUUUUCAUAUGUUUCUCAGUAGUGUUUCUUUGCACUUUAUACAAAUUAAAAGCAUUUUUAACACUUCUUGUAUACUGUAAACUCUACUAGGUGCUUUGCCAACUGAACAUAUUAAAGGACCUCAGCUACAUUGAUGCCUUAUUUGGAACUUUUAAUGAUUUUUGUUGUUUUUGAGACAGGGUCUCUGUAAUCUUGAACUCCUGUGCUUCAGUGAUCCUGCAUCAGCCCUCCUGAGUAGCUGGAACUAUAGGCGUGUAUCACCAUGCCUGGCUAAUGUGUUAUACUAGUUUAUGACCAUCAAAAAUUCAAUGAAAUUGUGACAAAUUAAGAAAAAUUUCUGGCUAUUCAUCUAGAACUUUUUGAUUAUCAUUUCUUUUUUCUGUGCUUUUUAAAUGGAGGUGAAAUUUGUAUAACAUAAAAGUUGCCUUUUUUUUUUUGUACUGAGGAUUGAACCCAGGGGCACUUAUCACUGAGUAACAUCCCGAGCUCUUUUUAUUUCUUUAUUUUGAGAUGACAGGGUCUUGCUAAAUUGCUUGCCUCACCAAGUUGCUGAAGCUGUCUUUGAACUUGUGAUUCUCCUGCCUCAGCCUCCUGAGUUGCUGGGAUUACAGGCAUGUGCCACAACUCCAUCAUUUGAUAAUGUCCAAUUCAGUGGCAAUUGGCAUGUUUGCAGUCUUGUAAGGCCACCACCAUUCUCUAGUUUGGAAGCAUUUUUAUCACCCCCAAAGGAGACCUUCAACCUAGCAAGCAGAUAUCCUCCAUCCCAUCUCCUCCCGGCCCUGCAGCAACCAUUAGCCUGCUCUCUGCUCUAGGGUUUUAUCUUAAACUCCAUGUAAAUAGAAUCAUAUAAGUGACCUUUUGGUGUGUCUGGUUUCUUUUACUUAGUGUAUUUUCAAGGUUAAUCCACAUGGAGCAUGUAUUUUAUUUCUUUUUGUGGCUGAAUACCACAUUUUGUUUAUUUAUGUAUCUCUAAAUACCUGGUUGGGUUGUUUUCACUUUUUUAGCUGUUGUGAAUAGUUUUGCUAUGAACAUCUGUGUACAGUUACUUGUUUGAAUACCUGUUUUCAGUUCCUUUGGGUAUAGACCUAGGAAUGGAAUUACUAUGUUUGAUUGUUUUUUAAGUGGUAGCAAGAUUCUUCCCUGUACCUUCCCCCUAAUAAACUAGGAAAAUAAGGAAUAUUUUGCAUUUGAAAAAAAUUCACGUGAACCUAGGGUCCUUAAUCUUAGUUCCCCUUAAACCUUUAUUACCAACAUCAGUGAAAUAGUUUGUCAUUAAUCACAUUAGUGAAUUCAAUUUAAAAUCAUCUUCCUUUACAGGAGGCCAGGUUUUCAAUGCUAGCAAGACACUGACACAAUCAUAGCUAUAUAACCUUCUGUUUAUUACUUCAUUUUUUGAGUCUCACUUUCUUUUCUGUUCAAUGGGAUAAGACCUACCUCAUAGGAUUACUGUGCAUUCCCCUCUCUUAAUAAGAAAAAAGGAAGUUCUGGAGUUAAUCUACCAUUUAAAAGCUCUUUCAAGAGGGGCUGGGGAUAUAGCUCAGUUGGUAGAGUGCUUACUUUGCAUGUACAAGGCCCUGGAUUUGAUCCCCAGCACCAAAAAUAUGAAAAUUUAAAAAAAAUAAAAGCUCUUCCAAGAGCCAUAUGAUAGAUUUUGUUUCACAAUUUUGAUAUUCAAAAUAUCAAAUAUUAAGUUGAAAAUAUGUAUUUACAAUUAUUAAAUGACUUGUAAACUAUGUUUCCUAUUCGCAUUUUGCUACUUUUUAGAUCUCUUUGGAAGUUGUAGUAUCACUAAGGCAGCUAAUUUUUCAACAUUCUUUGGUUGGGCUAAUAUUUUGGCAAAAAUUCCUGUAUUUCUCAAAGAACUACAGCUGAAGCAGAAAUAAGUUCCAAUGAACAAGCCACCAACCAAAUGAGUGUUUUAUUUUAUCUUCUUGAGUGGUGAAUAGGUAUUCUAGGUGGAUGGAUGGUUUUUCAGGAAGAAACUGAGGGAUGCAGGAGUUGUUUCCAGGAAAGAGUUGGAGUUGGGACAAAUGGAUUGUUAGACCUUCUGUUGAAGACAUUCAGCCAAAGAAAGGUCAUCUUUAGCAAAAGAAAAGACUGCAGCUCUACCAUUGAAAUGGCAUCUCACUACAGUGAAGGAUGGAUAACUUGAAUUUAUUACAGAACAAAUAAAUCCAGAUUAUUUCGC